AUGCUUAAUCGUAAAGAAUCACCGUAUAUUUUCAUGCGUCAUUUACAUACAGCACUAUCCAAUAAUAAUUCCAAGAAUUCAAAAAAGCCAUUCAUUUAUUUUUCACUCGGUACUGCUGUGAUGGGUAAUCUCUGGAAUCAACAAGUUGAGGUUCGAGAACAAUUAAACAUAUUUAUUUAUACACUAACUAAAUUAUGGGAACACAAAAAUAUGGACAUUCUAUUUGUUAAUCUUGGAAAAGAAAUUAUCAAUCAAAUACCCUUCAAAUUGGAAGUAGUUCCAUAUGCUGCUUAA